AUGCACCCAGAGUUUGUUGUUAGGAAACCACCCAAUGAGGAUGAUGGUGAAGAUUACAUUCCACCCCCACAAUUUGCGGAGACAGACUCUGAUGAAAGAGAGGAGGACAUGGACAUGGGAUAUUUUGAGAUAGAGGAUGAGGGUAAGCCUGAUGUGCAGUAUAAUAGAGAUGAUCCUUCUUCAGUAGAAGGAACUAUAUUCUCGGAUGUCAUAGAUUGUAGGAAUGCACUUGCCACCUUUUUAAUCAAGACCCAGAGUGAAUUUAUAAUUGACAAGAGUGAGCCCAGUAGACUAACUGUUCAAUGUGCUUACAAAAGGUGUAAGUGGAGGAUGCAUGCCUCCAGAAUGAGAAAUAGCACACUUUUUCAGGUCAAAGUGAACAAGACAGCUCACAUAUGCCCAAGUGUUACAAGGAGGCAAAGGCUCAGGUCUGCAAAGAGUAGGUGGGUGGCAGAUGUUGUGAAGAACUGGGUGAGGGAGAACUCAAAUAUUUCAGUGCGAACUCUGCAGACAAGCUUGAAAAAGAAGUAUGGGUUGCAGCUCCCUUACAUGAGAGUUUUUUAUGGUAAGCAAAUGGCACUGGAUAACAUCUAUGGUAAAUGGACUGAUUCAUUCCAACUCUUGUAUACUUUCAAAGCUGAAGUAGAAAAGGCAUCUCCUGGUAGUGUGGUUAAUAUUGAUAGACACACUGUAGAGUUUAAACUCAAUGGACAGAAAAGGUACAAAGAGUGCUUUAGGAGAGUUUUUGUAUCAUUUAAGGCCUCUUGGCAAGGUUUUCUAGCUGGCUGCAGACCAUAUCUAGCAGUAGAUGCAACAACAUUAAAUGGAAGGUUUAGAGGACAACUUGUUAGUGCUUAUGUUGUAGAUGCAUGCAACUGGAUCUUUCCAGUUGCAUAUGGAGUGCUAGAGACAGAGAACAUUGAGAGUUGGACUUGGUUUUUCCAGAACUUGAAAGACCUGAUAGGCCAUCCAGAGGAAUUGGUUAUUCACACUGAUGCCUGCAAGGGACUUGAGUCAGCUGUAGAAGAUGUGUUCCCAGGUGUAGAGCACAGGGAAUGCAUGAGGCAUCUUGCAGCUAAUUUUAGUAAAAAAGUUUAG